AUGCAUGCAUUAGUGUGCAUAGUCAGACAGACUUUCGAAAUUGGUUGCGGACUUAUUGAUACGCAAAAUCCCGUUUCGCUCGGUAUAAUGCCUAGAGAUGAUCCAAUAGUCGAGGAAGAACGAAGAGCUCACACAGCUACGGAUUUGUUGCGAAUGCGACUUGAGAGGUUGCAGCAGAAUAUUAACAAGCCUGCACCCAUUCCUGCACGCCGUGCCGAGAUCAAGCCUCCUCGUCCACCUCCGGAGUUUGUCAGAAAUGUCGUCGGUUCGUCAGCAGCAGCUGGAAGUGCAGAAUAUCAUAUCUACAGGAUCAAUCGGAAGAAAGAACAAAACAGAUUAGAUUAUAUUGCCAAAGUAGCGGAGACAGAAGAACUUGAUGAAGAGUACAGGAAGCAUAAAGAGGAGAUAGAGAGGAUAGAAGCCGAGCGAACAGCAAAGAAAAGGGCGAAGCGGCAGCGAAAGAAGGAGAGAGCGAAGAGGCGGAAAAAGGUUAAAAACGAAAACAGUAGUGACGAAAGUUCGGAAGACAGUGAUGAGGAAGAGGGAAGCAUCAAUGAGAAUGAGGAAACCAGUGAGACGAAACUCAUGUGUGAAGAAAAAAGAAAGGAAUCAUCAGAUCAUGAUCAUAUCGACAGUGUUCCACUGAACGAGGAAACCAUUAUGGGGCGUAUCUAUGCUCUCUUGACUGGACCUCGGUUUUAUCGAACGUUCGGCCAGCCGGAACGUACACCAAACGUUGUUGAAUCUAUAGGAAAUUAUUCUAUGUCCCUCGGAAGAGGUUUAUUUUAUUUCUCAACAUCACUAGCUUUUUCUCCUAUACUGCUCGUUUUCCUCUAUACCAGAGGAGCAUUGAAUAUUCACACUGGUCUGGUCGUUUUAAAAUACGCCACCUAUUUAGCUGUGCUAGCAUACGGAGGAAGGCUCGUCGGUAGGACGAUGGACCAUGAGUAUCGGCAUUUUAUUAAUGUGUGGCUAAAAGCUAAAGGCUCGGGUAAAUCUGACGAUAAUCAGGCGCUGAAGCGUUACGAUUUUGAUCUCGAGGGCGUUAACGCCGAUUUUCAUGCUGUUCGAAAUGAAAAAUUGUACUUUCAUCGAGGAGCUUCUGGAGACAGUAGUCCAUUGGUAAUGUGCGCAGCCUGGUAUGCCGUGCAUGCCUUCGGUCGGCAUAUGCUUUAUCCAGGUUCUAUAUCGCUUUUGAAUUGGCUUUUAAGUGGAAGCUUAAUGUCAGCAAGAAAUUUAAUGGUUUCCGCGAAGCAUGGUAGAAGAGCAUGGCUUAGAACGACUGAAGGUGAUCUCAUUGAUACAAUGUAUAUACGUGGAGAAGACACUCCCGAGCAUAGAAAUCGUAUACUAGUUAUUACUUGUGAAGGAAACGCAGGUUACUAUGAAAUAGGGAUUGCUAAUACACCGGCGCAGAUGGGUUAUUCCGUUCUUGGAUGGAACCAACCGGGCUUUGGACAAAGUUCGGGACUUCCUUUCCCUAAUAAUACGCUGGCUGCUGCCGAUGCUGUUAUGCAGUAUGCGCAGAGUGAGCUCGGGUAUCGCGAAGAGGACAUAGUUUUGUUCGGUUGGUCGAUAGGAGGAUUCCCAGCCAGCUGGCUUGCUGCUAACUAUCCAAAAGUGAAAGCGGUAAUACUUGAUGCUACAUUCGACGACGUUCUGCCACUGGCUCAAGCUAGAAUGCCGAAGGUGCUGUCAGAUGUUGUUAAGUACGCUAUAAGGACCCAUUUUGAUCUCGAUAUCAAGUCCAUUAUCGCGAAGUACAAAGGACCUCUGAAGCUCAUCCGUCGACUACAGGAAGAAAUUUUGACCACUGAUGAUACGGGGACUGAAGCUCAACGACGAGCCAGCAAUAGAGCCAAUUUCUUGCUCAAAGGUGUUCUUCAACAACGGCAUCCUUCAUUGAUGGUGGAUCUUGAUUCACAGGUAGAAUUGAUAGGAAGAUUAUUUUGA